AUGGCCGUGAAGCGGCUCUGCAUCCUGCUUGUAAGCUCGGCCUUGGUGGCUCGUGCAACCUGCCCCGCGCUUUGCACGGCAACCUCCAACAACGCUGCCUGGCCUUGCCGCUAUCAUAGCAACGGAUGUCAGGUGACAGUGGCGGCUAACCCUGCACGGGCUGGUGCCGCAGACGUUAAUGUUGCGGUGAUUAGCCCAUACAGUGGCGGCCUAGGGGAGCUGAUGACCAUGGUUGAGCCUGCGAUUGCAGCGGCAGCGCAGGAUGUGGAGAACAGCAACUUUCUACCCGGAUUUCGGAUGAACCUUUUUCUGGGUGACUCCAAGUGCUCAGUGCCAGGUGCCACGCAGUCGACAAUAGAGGCCCUGGCAAGAAGCCCCACGAAGCACGCCCUUCUGGCUGACUCCUGCAGCGCAGCAUGCGAGGCCAUGAAUGACGCCACUCAGUUCUUCAAUGUCCUGCAGGUCUCUCCCGGAUGUAUCUCGGAAAGCCUGAGUGACUCUGCGCGGUAUCCGUACUUCACUCGCAUGGCUCCGUCAUACCGCUUCAAUGUCCAGACGCUCUACGAGUUCACCAAGCUCAUGGGCUUUCAGCGAGUCGGGAUUGUUGUCGGAUAUCGGAGCAUUAACACACUCGGUGUAGAUUACCUUACCGGACUCAUGCGAGUCGACGUGGCGGAAGGCCGUUACAACUGGACAGUGUUGUUCACGGUGCAGAUCACGGCCGCAGGCAACAUUGCCGAUGCCCAGAGUGCCGCUGAGGAGAUAGAGCGGAAGGACUCCCGAAUAAACAUCGUGGCGUUGUACCAGACCGAGGGGGCGAUGUUUUUGUGCCAGACCUACGGGCGAAAGCUUCUUUCACCAUCCUAUAGCUUCAUGGUUGUUUCCGGAUGGUGGAACCCUGGCUUCAUCUUAGAGAGGUCAGGCGCAAGCGACUGCCCCUGCACGGUCACAGAGCUGCACCGUGCUGCAUAUGGGGUCAUUGCAGCUGAUCGCGGGCCCAUGUUGAACACACAAGAUGUACAUGGCCUGUCCGGUCGCAGCUUUGCGGACAUUUACGGCAAUUACACAGAGGAGUGCUUGAGCUUUGGGAAUGGGACAGGGGUUUGCAAUCAUCAGUGGGCCGGAUAUUUCUACGACGGCGUCUGGCUGAUUGCCAGCAUCCUUCACGCCUACUUGGCGGAUGGGAACAGGUCGGUCGCCGACCUGGCUACGCCUGCUGCCCGGCAGGCUCUGGAGGCCCUUUCGCUUCAGGUGGAUUUCGCGGGCACCACUGGACGCGUGCGGCAGUUCAGCAGCCCAGAUUUAGAGGGAGAUCGAGAUGGGGUCAUCCUGCUUCGCCAAGCAGGGGGGCCUCCUGAAAACACCUUCAACCACUUGGCUUACCGGACAGAGACGGGCAUCCUCUUCCAAACGGAUGUGGUAUGGAGUCCCGACUCAGCCCACCGCAUCAGCUGUAGCAGUGGCACUUGUGACCUCGUCAAUGGCUUUCGGCCGGCAGAUCGCAGCAGCAGCUGUCCAGAUGGCAGGGUUUGGAUCAAUGAGCAGGGCUGCUCAGAGUGUCCACAGGGGGAGUUUGCUUCCAGCCAGAUGGUCCAGUGCGAGCCUUGCAGCAUUGGCUCGUUUGCCAAUGCUACAGGAUCUGCAAGCUGCCAGCUGUGCUCGGCUGGACGCUACUCGUCGGUCGCCAGGGCCUCCUCCUGCGCGGAUUGUCCAACAGGUCAAUUCAGUGCGUCCCCUGGCGGGUCGAUUUGCACGAAGUGCCCUCGUGGAUCCUAUGCGGAGUUGCCAGGUCAGCCGACGUGCACACCUUGCCCGCCAGGGCUGAGUACGAACUUUGAGGGUGCCGUCGAGCUCAGCAUGUGCCAGUGCGAUGGCUUUUACUGGGAAGAGCAAUGCGUGAAAUGUCAGUUUGGGCAGCGCUUCGAAGCUGGGGUCUGCGUAAGCUGCAAUCGCAGCGUGAUCUGCGAGGAAGGUGUGAUUGUUGGCAAUGCUCCCUCAGCUGAAGAAUGGAGCAAGACAAUCAACGCAGCGGGACUCCAGCGAACACUGUCCCAAAGGAUGACCAUUGAGUGUUUGCUCGUCGUCUUGGGCAUCAAUCCGGAGGAGAACAGGCAGAAGAUGCUGACUACCAUCUACAACUACGGAGUCACAGUGCAGGAUCUGACGGCUGGAAACAGCAGCAGGCAGAUAAUCGCAGCUCCGACAACGGACGUGCUGAGCUACCUGCAGGAACGUGUCAUGCCAACCUUCACAUCCCUGUCUUCUCUACUCGUGGCAAACACGGCCUCACCCGGUGCAGUUGUGCUCUAUGCAAUACAGCAGCAAACUGCCGCAUUGCUCGAAGUCUCCAUGGCGGUUGUCGACUUUUUUGUGGAGGCUGGUUCCUGA